GGUAAGUAGCAGAGGUUCUUUUUCAAUUAUCAACGGGGGAAAUGAAGCUUUCACAUUUUACAAUGACAUUACAAGUGGUUUCUAACUCAAACAGGGUUCAAACUUAGCAAGAAGAGCAAACAUUUUACGAAAGUAAAACUGUAUUGUUAACUUGCUAAUACUAGCGAAUUGCUAACGCUAGCAUAGCUGCUAACGCUGAGAAGCGAAUUCCAGCUCCAUCCGGUUUACUACGGGACCAUAAGCUUUGUUUAUACUCUAGGUUCAUAGCAUGUACGGAGCCAAUUAUACUCUGUGCUGUGUGCUGCAUUAUUCUCAGAAACGUCAGAGGGCGAACAAACAAAAUGAACUGAAGAAUUAAAAAGACAAUGAGUGUAACUCAUAGAUAUGCUCAUAGCUGUAGGUGUAACAAAAAACGCCAUAAACCAACCUCCAGAAUGAAGAGUAGGCAUUGUAAUGAUCUGUAAACUCAUAUCUUAUAUUCAUGGGCUACUUUAUUACCUUUAUACAAACCCUGUAAAGAAAGAAGUCAAGUACAUUAGCGGCUGCGAUUACGGAAUUUUUCAGAAUGAAUUACACAUAUGUUUGUCAAUUUAAAAGAUUCAUUUGUAAGUCAAGAAAAUAUAAUUUUGUUUUCAAACUGUUGAAGUGUAAGACUGUGAAAAAAGACUGUACUUGCAUGAACAAGUUGUCUGUUUGCCGGCUGAUAAGAACAGUAGCAGGAUAAAACACAUCAUGUAAGAUAAGGUACAUUUGUUGAUGAAUGUAGCUAAGUUACCUAGUUAGCUAGCAAGCCAAGGUAACAGCCAUGCAGCUGACAUACAUGAUGCUAGACCAGAGAUGUAGUUCACUGAUCGGUUUCACACAAAGCUGAACGAUACCACAAAUGUAUGAGAAUCUGAGACUUUCUUGACGUGCAAAAUAAAUAUUAAAUUCACAAAUAUGUGUAAUUCAUAGCACAAUUCAAACGGGAUGAAAUAAACAUUUAUCUCUUGCUGUUAGCUGCUAUACAUUGUAUUUAUAAAGUAAAGUCCCACAGGACACCGGAAAUGUCCCCUGUGGGACAUUCAUCUCUCUAUUAACUGACAAGAAACCAGUAAGCGAAUUAACGGGUUAUUUCUAAUAUAAAACAAGUCAUUUUCACCAACUUAAGCUAUCCCAACAACAAUAUGAAGCAGUAAUGUUUGCUGUGGUAAUGUUACAGUCAGUGUUUUAUCACUAUUGAUGUUAGCUUAAUCUGCAGUUAAGCUGUUCAGUUAUCAUUCUGGCCACUUUAUGUCUCAAUGUGUAAAUCUGUAACCAAAAGUGACCAAUACACACAUGAUUGUACACAAGCUUUGUGAGCUUGAAUUAGACCUUGAUGUACAAAUAACCUUUGUUGAUAUGAUGCUGAUAGUAUCAUUCUGUAGUAAUCAUUACUAUAAUGCAGGCCCUAUAGGAACAUGACUUUAUAUAUUCAGUAUACAGAGACAUUAGAUAAUCUAUUAUUAGCCCACAGUGAGCCCUCACAUAGAGAUGUCAUUUGUUGUGGGUGUUCUGUAGUUCUGCUAGUUUUAACCCUUUAUUGCUCAUACACAUGGAAGAUAAUAAUAUUGUUUCCUCUCUUAGGCAAAGAGAACAUUGAUCAACAUCUGUGCUUUGGCUGACCAUCACUGUGACUUUGCGAUCUCUGAAGUAUCAGAGUUGGUGUCUCUGUGGUGACUUGACAGUGUCCUGCUGUCUCCCCUCUCCUCUAUCAUAUUGGCUCUCUGUCUUUCCUAUACCUUGUAUCAACUCUGUCUAAGCAUUGGUUCCUCUAUCUUUCCUGUCAAUCUACCGCUCUGUCUGAUUUUGAACUCCUUCUUUGUAUCCCUCUUCUAUCCAACUCUAUCUGUUAAAGCACUUUCCAAACUAACUAACUUUCCAAAUCUACUGAACAAAGCUUGAUGAAAACUGAAUUCUGAAAUCCUCGUACUGAACCAAAUUGCUUGGUUAUCCAUGGUUAACAAGAACCUGUCUGUUAUAUGAAAACCUGAGUGUCUCUCAUCUCGCCCACUCUCUGUCUCUCCACUGAUCGUCUGAUCCACUCACAAUCCUCGGGUUAUUGGUACCUGAUCUAUCUUUUUGAAUAAUCUGAGAGAUUCUCCUCUCACGCUCACCUCUGUCAAUCUUCUAUCUACAUCAUAUAUAUCUAUAGAAUACUAUUACUCUUUGUACACAUUGAACAACACAUUUGAAAUAUACUAUUUGAGAUUUUUUUCAACAAAAUUGGUUUGAACAUAUAACUGAAAAAGACAUACACAUAAUUUUGUGGUAAUUCAAGAAGUUGCACUUCUAUCACAAACAUUUGGACAUUUGGUAAAAUAAAUUUAUAAUUAAAUCUGGUAAAUUUCCAAGUAUAUAAUUUCUUGUAAAAGUGCAUGAUUACAUUAACAUAAUUAAAGAGAACUGCAUUCUAGUUAAUAUACAUAAUCCACAUUAGAGAAUAAGUCUAGUUUCUGAUCUUUGUUGCUGAGGAGUUCUGUUGGUUUGUACCCAGAGGUUUGUUUUGGUAACAGAUAUUUCACAUUUCAAACUGUUCACUUGACUAUUCUACAUACGAGUUGAAGUAAUACUACUACAUACAUUAUAUUCAUUAUUAUUUAAAUUGAUUUAAAUUAUUUUCCAUAUAAACAUCCAUUGUUUGAAUCAUUCAGUGUGUAUAAGUGUUUUGUUGUUUAACCUGUUCCUACUGAAAUAAAAUCCAGACAUCUAUCAGGAGGAGCUGCAUUUAUUUGGAGCGGCUGUUUCCUGUCUGCAGACCCAACGUUCUUCAGAAGUAUUCAUCUGUCAUCUCAUUACCACGACAACUCUUCCUGAUUCUGAUUAUAAACCAUAGUAUAGUGUAGUAGUAUUAACUUAUUCUCUGCUGGUGAGUGCAAACAGUUCAGAACGGAUCAUAGCUGAUAUUAGGCUACUGGUUGUGUGUUCGUGGAAAAUAUUUAAAUUGUGUAUUCUGUGUUAAAUUUCAAUAUUUACAUAUUACAUAAAGCUUUGAAAUUAAAAUUUAUUCUUUGUAGUGCGUCAGCUUUAAAUUGUUAAUACAUUCUAGUUCUUACACUAUUAAUACUGUUACCUUAAUAAGUAGCUAUAAAUUGAGGCAUUUUGAAAUCUGACUGAAGUCUUAACAGUUUAAAUUAACCAGUUUCAAGUAUAUUGGAUUACUACAAAAAGAUUUGAGAUAUAGGUGGCUUCAAUCAUAAUGGUUUUGGAAGUAGCAUAAUUUGUCUUCAGUUGUGUGUCAGUGAUAAACUUCAGUUUUUACAUUGAAAAAUAAAAUUGGAGCAUUAAUAUUGAUCUCUUUAUAUUGUUAAAUUUGGCCACAUUUAUUUAUACAGACUUGGUUAGGAUUUUCUUGAUCAACAUUUGCUUGGAUACUGUGAAGUCUCUUCUUUUGGUGUAUAAUAAAUUGAAUAGUUUUGAAGCAUCUAACCCCAAACUCUUCUGUGAGUUAAUUUAUCAUUCCUAAGUGCUUUUGAUUCCUAAAAGCAGACAAGUUUCGACCAUCUUCAGAUCCUGCUUCGAUAAUAGUAGUAUUUUACCAUUAAUAUUGUGUUUAAUAUCUUGGGUUUUUACAAUAAAAGUAAAACAAUAACAUUUGUAGUUUUGAAACACCAACAAUGCCAGGGAAGGGUAAGAGGUCACAAGCUCAGAAGCUGCGCUGGCAGAGGUCCAAUGAGAUUCACUGUGCAACAACGACUGAAGAAGCAGAAUGUAGUGGUCCUCAGAGCAGUGGAGAAGUAAAAAUGUCUGCAGCGUCUCAUGCUGGAAGUGUGGAACAGGGAGGUCAUCCUGAUGCAUCAUGUGUACCACAGGUAUCAUAUGCAGACAUUGUAAAGAGAGGACGUCAUAGUGAUACUACAUGUGAGGCAGGACCUUCUAAUGUCAACCAGGAAAACUCCAGAGGUCAAAGUGAUGGGUCAUGUGUACCACAGGUAUCAUAUGCAGACAUUGUAAUGAGGGGACAACAAAGUGAUGAGUCAUGCGAGGCAGGGCCUUCUAAUGUGAAGCAGGUAAACCACAGAGGUCAAAGUUAUGCGCCAUGUGCACCACAGGCUUUUGCAGCAGAACUUUCUCAUGCAGACUUUGUAAACCUGGGAGAUGAACAACAUGUCCGUGCAUCCCGCAGCCAGGCUUCUGUUAAAUACGGCAGAACCAGAAAUCAGCAGUGUACCUGUAACUCACAAACACUUCUUGCAUUCCUUCAUGAGAAUGAAAACAUCACCAGAGCAGACCUCAACCUUGUUUUGGAAAAAGGUAACAUGAUGUAUAAAGAGACCAGGAAAAGGGUCGUGGAUCACAUCUAUCUGACUACCGAUGAGCUCCCUGAUGAAGUUCCUGCACGCAGGUUGACACAUUAUGUGGACAUGACACAACUUUCUAGGUACGGCACAUUAGGAGAACCUUUACCUGGAUCAGUCGAUAGCUUUCUGAACCUGGAGUCAGGACUGAGCUGCUUGUUGUCAGAUGUGAAGUACGCUUUGCUGUUGAUGAGACUGUUGUGUAUUGCAGUAUUCAGAACCAGGUCAGGCAGAUAUGGUUUCUUUGACCCACACUCCAGAACAGCCAGAGGUUUGCCCCCUUCACGUACUCCUGGUACCGCUGUCAUGGUGACAUUCACACGUCUCAGUGAUAUGAUUGACAGGCUCAAGAAGUCCUACAGAAUGAUGCGCACACAGUCCUCCUGUAACUAUGAGUUAAAGCCUGUGGAGUUUUACAAUGUGAACACAGUCAACCUGAAUGAUGCUCUUCCGAACACAGACUGCAGACCUACAGCUGUCACUGAGGAGGAACCUACUCUGUUGGAUGAAGCUGUUGAUGAAUCAUACUCACCGACUCUAAAGACAAACACAGCCACUGAUCGUCCUGAGAACAUUUUACCUGAAAUGUCUCCUCACACCACAGCUGUGAAACAACCAGAGGUCCUCAUCACAUCAUUCCAAUCACAUGAUGCUCCUCACAAUACCCCUUCCACGGACGAUUGGUGCAAGGGGAUUCUGGAGGUUCUCCCUCUGGAAAAGUUGACCCACACCCUUCAUGACAAUGUCAAGGGAUUUCUCAAGAUAUGGAAACCGGUCUUAGACAUCGUGGACCCCUCCGGGCUGGACUUUGCCCUGCCAGAUUAA